GUGAAACACCCGACCGUGGAGUCCGUGGUGCAGUGCGAGAUCGACGAGGAUGUGAUCCAGGUAUCUAAGAAAUACCUCCCUGGGAUGGCAGUGGGGUAUUCCAGCGCUAAGCUGACCUUGCAUGUGGGAGAUGGUUUUGAGUUCAUGAAACAAAAUCAAGAAGCCUUUGAUGUGAUUAUCACGGACUCGUCUGACCCCAUGGGUCCUGCAGAAAGCUUAUUCAAAGAAUCCUACUACCAGCUGAUGAAGACAGCCCUGCGAGAAGAUGGGAUUCUUUGCUGCCAAGGUGAGUGCCAGUGGCUGCACCUGGAUCUCAUUAAGGAGAUGCGUCAGUUCUGCAAGUCUCUGUUCCCUGUUGUGGAAUACGCCUAUUGCACCAUCCCCACAUAUCCCAGCGGGCAGAUUGGCUUCAUGCUCUGCAGCAAGAACUCGAACACAAAUUUCCGGGAGCCUGUGCAGCAGCUCUCACAGCAACAAGUAGAGGAGAGGAGUCUGAAAUACUAUAACUCUGACAUUCAUCGGGCAGCUUUCAUUCUGCCAGAGUUUGCACGGAAGGCCUUGAGCGAUGUGUGAGACUGAGAAGCUGCUUCCUUCCUUCAAGUUGGACCCUGAGAUCGUCAGUGAUGUGGUGGGGACCUUCCCAGCAGACUGCAGAUUUGUUCUCCACUGUGUGGGAUUGUUUAACCCUUUGCCAGCCAACAUUCCCUUUGAUGAUGUGUUAAAGAUGAUGGGGCAUAAGACAGAUAAGACUAUUGAAAAGGCCCAGUGACUUAUUGCGUGAGGUCAAAACUGUUCUUUCCGGUGGUUGAAACGUAAGAUGUCUUUUUCCUUUCUCUCCUCCCUACACCCAUUCUAAAUUCUCCUCUCCCUGCACCCCCUUCCACCCCCUGCAACUGACAUGAUAUAUUUAUAACUGACACGUAUUUCUGUCUGGUGAUCUUCUGAAACCUGGGAAGAGUCCAGAAGGGUCACUGACUCAGCCUUAAGCACAGAGAGCGGGCGCUUUGUGCGCAAAGUUAGCUUGCUCUCCUAAUAGGAGCUCCCUGCUGCUGAGACGUUUUGACUGGUAACGGGUCUGAGCCUUUGUGUCCCACUGCCCUUCUGCGGCACCUGCACUGUUCUGCAGCACAGCUGGAGAA